CGUUGGUAGUACCGGUAUGUGGCAGUAUAUGAGCUGAGUGAUGGUAGAGAUAGUAUGAUUUUCUGAACUAACGUCUUUGGAGCAACGUAUUGUCCAAUUUUCAAGAAAAUCGUGUCCUUGGAACCCAUUUUUGGAAGGCCUGAAAAGUCAAAGUCGAAUCAAUGCACUGAUUCAGGAGCUGAUGACAAGAAUUGAUUAUCAAAAUGCUGAAGUCAGGCUGGCUGCUCACCUGUGUGGUGCUAGGGACAAGCAUUUGGAUGACCUUUGGCAAGACCUGUGUAAAGGUUCCAGGCCAUGUUUGCACCUGCAAGUUGGAAAAUGGAACACUUAUUAGCUUGGAUGCCAUCAGUGGAUCAAAGAGCCCAGUGUUCGCGGACGUCGAGGAGGUGAAUCACACCAGCGCCGACGGCCGGCAGUACCUUUACUACUACGACCCGUGUCGCAGCUUCGCCCUGCCGCAAGCCAACGGCGUCUGCACCGGAGUCUCGGUGUGUCAGAAGGACGUCGCCAGCAACGCCUACUACAACCUGGGCGAGCUGGGCGACACCAAGUUCGGCUGGGACGAGACGCGCGAUCUGUUCUACAUCAGCUACAGGGGCUGUGACGGCCAGGACUGCAGACGCACCAACGUGUCCUUGCGGUGCGACUGGUCGCGCGGCGAUCCCAUGCUGGAGGUGUUCCGGCAAAACGGGGGCACCCCUCUGGAAUACAACAUGACGCUGACGUCGCGCUGCGCGUGCCCGGCCGGCUGUGCCGAGGAGCGACACCCGACCCGACUGAGCGGCGGCGCCGUGUUCCUCAUCGUGCUGGUGGCUGGCGCCGGCUUCUACCUGCUGGUCGGCGUCGCCUACCGCAGGAUCGUGGUGGGCGCCACCGGCUGGGAGGCGCUGCCGAACAGGAGGUUCUGGGCCAGCCUGCCCGGCCUGGUCCGGGACGGCGUCACGUUCUGCAUCACCUGCCGAAGGGCCGACACCACCUACGAUCAGAUCUGAAGGCACCGGCCGGCAGGCCCUCAGCAUCGGCGCCUCCAGUCACCGCUGCCGACGCGCCGGCGCGGCGGUGCUUCCGCUGCCAGUGCCGGACGACCAGAUGGUUGGAAUGGCCCACCUGUGCAACCAGUCAACCGCUUUACGGCAUCAGCGAGGAGCGUGACAGCGCGGGAAGCUUCGACGUCGGCGGUCUUGAGAAAGUGCCUUCGGGAGUGACCGGAUUUGUAGGUUAUGUCGGUAAUGCCGUGGCGCACGUCGGGCGCGAGUCUGGGUUCAUAUGCGCUGGGAUGGGCUCCACCUUCGUCUCAUGUGCGGUACGGCCACGUGAUAUCUGCUCGUGAUGAAGCGUGCGGCUCAGUCCAUCCUAUGGGACAACCGGUAUGGGGAGUGCGCGUGAGCCGUUGGAACUCACUGGGCCGCCAGUGUUGUGUGCGGCCCUCGGCCGGUUGGGUGUGAGUUACGUCGCUGAACGCGGGCUGCCGCGUCGCCGAGAUGUGCUGUGAGACGCGGCCUGCGCCUCGAAGGCGAUGGACGAGGACUGGACGCCAGCUCAGGAGAUGCUCCGCGCCUCGGGGAAAUCGCGCGCCGUUGUCGAGGGCGUAAAGGGAAGCAAAUGCCCGGUCGCAUGUAAUCGCCGCACGUAUGUGUAGUGCGGAGGUGGGCACUGACGUUUUCCGUGCGGGGGUCGCGUCGCUGAGCGUGACAGCUGACGGCCACAGGUGAAACAGUCGGACUCGCAGCUCCCUCGCGGGAAGCCUAUAACUUGUCUUCGUUGGCCGGAUGUUGAUUGGGGGAUUUAUGGGGCGACUCGUUGCCGUGACGUUCGUGGGAUGUGCUGGCGGAGCGACCUUGACCUCCAACGGCUCUCCUGUGUGGCGCGAGUCUGGUGUUCGUAGUGUUCAUCAGUACCGAGGCUUGUUGAGUGCCUUGCAACGACACUGUGAUGGCGUUGUUAUUCGCAGCAUGGACGCGAGGCCUUAAUAACUGCGAGCAUUCCAAGCGAGGGAAACCGUCUCAAAAACAUCCAUCACAUAAUCUCUGUUUUAUGAGGCUCAAAUUGCAAAUAAGAUGCAACCCUUGUGACGAUCUCUAUGCUAGCAAUGAGUACACAGAGUUAUGCACCCAAGACAAUAAAUAUGGCUUGGCAAAACAAUAAAUAUACCGGUGUGGCGCCAUGUAGGAUGAUGUGCCCUGUGUCCGCCUGAUGGCGCAGUUUAUGUGGCUUCCUGAGAGUGGUAGCGUUUGUUCCGUGGGAUUAUCGCCUGACGGCUCGCGAAAUGUGGGUCUUCCUGUGACGUCACUGAUCUGAAUUGCAGUACGCAUGCGUAAUCUCCGUGCUCUCAAAUGGGAAUGUUCGUGAGGUGGUGAUUUGCGAAUGCGGCCUGCUGUCUUGUGUAGUUCUGGCGGUAUUCUGCGCGUACCAU